UGCCCUUUAUUCCUUACUUCGACGAACCACCUGCAUUUCGUGCUGUGUUUUGCCAUGAAUCGAAAGGCUCAGACUCUCAGACAUGCUAUGAGACCAUCUCUAGCACUCGGUACCGAUGAUUUAGGAGUGUUGCGAGAAGGAGAUGAAUCAAACGAGGAUGUGCUUCGUCGUCAACUGCUGGAGAAAGAUAGAGAAUGUGACAGGUUACAAACACAAGUUCAACUUCUCCAGGAUCAGUUAUCACAGAGGCCACCGUUGGAAGCUGUGCAAGAACUCGAGAAAGAGUAUAAGAAUCUCGAUUUGUUGCUCCAAGGUACUCAACGAGAAAAUGAACGAUGUAUGGCUGAGAUAGAGCGAGGUAAAACGCGGGAGAAGAUGCUUGAGAGAGAACUCACGAGACUGGCAGGGGAGAAUUGGCAGUCGUCUCUGGAUAUUGCACCAACACCUAGCGCGAUGAGUCGUACAGGUAUCUUACAUCAACGCAGCAAUACUCUCGCCAGCCCUAUUUCAACAUCUUCGCGACCAUCUUCCUCCUCCUCACGUUUGAUGUCAUCACCGGCUAGUGACUCACAGAACCAAAGCAAUAAUAACCCGAAUUCGAACGAUGAAAAAGAUCGACAAGCAUUAGCCGCACAUAUCGAGCAAGUGCGUAUGUUGGUGCUUGGUGUCGAGCAGCGGGUACAGGCAAGGGAAGAGAAAUUACGAUCUAGAAUGGAGAGAGCGGAGGAAGAAUCAAAGCGGUUUGAUACGCUCAGAAAGGAGAUUGUGGCCGAUUCAUGAAUACACGACGAAUGCUGGGAUUAAUCCAUCUUUGUACAUGUAGCGCCUUCUUGUAUUUAUACACAUGUUUACUACUUUGUAAGAUCACAACUCUUCUGAAUCCUCAA